AAAAAAAAAAAAACGAUAAUUUUUAUACUAGUAAUCGUAGGAACAUUCUCUAGGUCAGAAAAUAAAGGCUGGAGCAUGACCUUUUCACUCUGAAAAUUGUAUGAAAAUAUAUCUACAACUUUUUUUUCGAGGACCGAAAAUGUACAGUUUUGACCUUUUCUGUUGUUUUUCUUAGCUAAACGUAAGGAUUUUACUUUCUACAUUUGCUUGCAUCAAGACCAUGUGUGGUAAUUUUUGUUAACAUUUGUUAUUUCAGGGUACUCUAAGGUGGUUGGAGAUGAUGUCCAGAGAAUAUUAAGACCAAUGAGUGAUUAGUCUGGGUGUGGCUGAGGGAAAACUAAGUGCGUCACCAUAGGGCCACCAAAUCGUGGUGGCCUAGUGGUGACGCACAUUUUCAAAACAGCUGUACGAAGGUCUAAUACACACCAACAUGAAGAACAAUAUUAGACCUUUCAAACAUAGGACAGAGAACUCAGAAUCACUUACCAUAGAUGAGCAAUCAAUCCUUGAACAUGGGGCAUUUGGGGCCCUAUGGUGACGCAGUGAGCUGGCCAUAUGGUGACGCGCGUCACCACUAGGCCAUGCGCACUGCGUCACCAUAGGGCACCACUUUAGAAAUGAUUAUUUCAUGUCUAGUUUUCUUUACAGAUUAUAAAUUAAGUGUUAACAGGAACAAAAAGUAAAUAUUAUUAAAAGGAAAUUACCCAAGUUCAGUUAAAAUGGAUAAAAAUACUGUUAAAAGUCGGCUCUUCCCAAGAAGCCAAUAUACUCAGAAAGACAUAGAUGAUGCUUUGGAAGAAAUUAACACGUAUGGGCUGUCAAUAAGGGCUACUGCAAAGAAAUAUAAUAUCCCUGAGGCCACACUUCGGCACAAACAUACUGGCCGGACUCCUGUCAGCAAGAAAAUGGGGCCUAAAUCUCUAUUGACAGAAGCUGAAGAGGCAGUGCUAAUGGCUUACAUCAAAGGAUCUAUAAGGAGAGCACAACCCGUCACUAGACAAAAUGUUCUUGAUGCGGUAACUAGCAUUCUGGAGAAUGCACAGGAGAAGGCCUUCCUCAUUUGAUGCUGCUCCAAAGAGGAAAUGGUGGCGGCUUUUCCGGAAGAGACACCCUGAAGUUGCCAUCCGCACCCCUGAAACCUUGACCACCUCUCGCCAUAACAUCAGUGAGACAGUGAUCAGGCAAUGGUUUGCUGAAGCAAAUACUUAUUUUUCUGAGGAAGAGUUAUUAGAAGCAUUACAUGAUCCUUCACACAAUUUUAAUAUUGAUGAAUCAGGGUUUUCCCUGUCACCAAAACAUGGGAAAGUUUUGGCUAUCAAGGGGGAAAAAAAUGUUUUCGAAGUUAGUGGUCCUAAUUACAAGGCCAACAUAUCUGUGCUAGCAACUGUAAGUGCAGAUGGGAGAGUUCCGCCUCCCAUGAUAAUUUAUCCAAGAAAACGGAUAAGUUAUCAAAUGGCGGAACAGUUUCCAGAAGACCUGCUAUGUGCUGUGGGGAAGAGCGAAAAGGGGUACAUAAACUUUGAAAACUUGUAUGAAUAUCUGUGCAACACGUUCAAUGAUUGGCUAACUGAAAAUGAUGUCCAACGGCCAGUCAUUGUGUGGACGGAUUGGCAUGAAACCCGAAACAAUUUCUAUUUGGCCUCUUCCCUAAAGAGUAUGAACAUUAUCCUGUACGGACUACCACCUAAUACCACCCACAUCAUGCAACCCUUGGAUGUGGCUGUGUUUGGCCCACUUAAAAAGAACUGGACCAAAGGGGCCAAGGAGUUCGAAAGGAAAAACCCAGAUGACAUGAUAACGCAAGUGAAUUUUGCUAAAGUGUUUCUGCCCAUCUACUAUGACUCUGUAUCAGCAGCAAAUAUAAAGUCAGGCUUUUCAAAGUGUGGACUAGUUCCCUUUGAUGCAGAUAAACCUGACUACAGCAAACUUCGUAGUGCAGCUGCUGUGCAUGAGGAACCUUCAACAUUAUUUGAAGCCAUAGACCUCGGUGGAUUCACAGAGCAGUCAUGUCAGACUGAUUUUCAUAUGACAACACAUCGAGGUGCCCAAACUUCAGGUCGCAUGUUUGAGACUGCAUGCAUCAGCUACCUCAUACAGUGUGGAUACUCUAUUCUGCCACCUGAAAGCACUACAUCACAGAUGGAGAAACUAAAAGGUCCCAAGAAAUCUUGGGAUGAUCUCGUGCUUGAUCAACAUCCUGCACGAGAGUUCAUUGCUUCAAGAUCCAUACCCAGCCCAAAUCCUUCUGUUUCGAGGUCAUCAUCUCGAGGGUCAUCCAGGACAAACACACCAUUGCCAUUCUUGUCUUCUCCACCAUCAACUUCAUAUGCUACACCUGAACCGCAAGUGACACCUGUGCUUCAAAGGGCCCCAACAAAAACUACCCCAUCAACAUUGAGUAGUGCCUUUAAGACAUUUAAUUUCUAUCCUGAGAGGAGGCAGGGCCAAGGUCCAAAGAGACCCCGCAAUGAAAUGGACAGGACUUUUGCCAUUACAUCUGAUAAAGCCAUUCGAGCUCUCAAAAUGCAGAUGGAGGAGAGAAAAGCAAAAAUUCAAAAGAAAGGCAUCAGAGGAAGGAGAACUGGUAGGAUUAAGAAGGUGCCUCCUAAACCUGCAUCAUCCUCAGACAGUGAGAACUCGGAUGUCCCUCUGCCACUAUCAGUAGAUUCAUCAGAUGAUGAUAUUGAUUUGGAACAAGACCCACACAGCCUUUGUAUAAAGGUACCAAUGACAGAACCGGAAGUGGAUUCAUGGGUUGGUGUCAAGGUGGAGAAGGUAGCUACCAGCACAAAAGGGAGGAAGCACAAGCCUUUUGAAAUUUAUAUUGGAAGGGUGAAAGAUGUCCAGGAGCAGGGCCUUGCAGUUACGUUCCUCAAGGAGGUAUCCCCAGGGUUUUAUGUCUACCCUGACAUAGAGGAUAUCUCUUUCCCUGUGCAUAGAAGGGAGGUCGUGGAGCUACAGGAGCCACAGGCAGCGACAAUCCAAAGAAAAUAUGGGUUCAAGUUCAACAGUAGCAUCAAAUCGGCAAUAGUGUCAGUCCUCAAUAGAUAGAAUAGGCUAAUUUUGCUCACAUACACUCAGGGAAGUAGCUAAUAAGCAUUAUUUCUUCAAGUUUAAUGGUUUAACAUAUGUCUAAUUAAUUUCGAUGUUAGUAGUCAAUCAUGUGCUUCAUUUCAUCGAGUAAUGUAUGAAAAUAUUCAAAUUUUUUGGUUGUGUUAAUGA